UGGCGGUAAUGCGCGCUAAAGAUCUUGCCACCCACCAAUAAACAGAAGACGCUUAGUGAUGACGUCAGUAGAAGCGACGCUUUGCGGAAAUUUUCUGACUUUCCAACCAAUUUUAACAAAGAAACUCCUCAAAUAACUGCAAUGUCUGUGAAUUAUGCCGCCGGUCUCUCGCCGUACGCAGACAAGGGCGUGUGCGGACUUCCAGAGGUAUUUGAUGACUCAGAUGAGCUGAAAGCAAAGGUAGAGAUCCUCGCUCAGCUUAUAAAAGAAUCUAAGUACAUGGUCGUGCACUCAGGAGCAGGAAUCAGCACUUCAGCGGGCAUUCCUGAUUUCAGGGGUCCAAAAGGUGUGUGGACACUGGAGGAAAAGGGCGAGUCACCUCACUUUGACACCACGUUUGAAGAGGCCCGGCCCAGCCUGACUCACAUGGCCCUGCUCGGCCUCCAGCGGGCCGGAUACCUGAAGUAUAUCAUCAGCCAGAAUGUGGAUGGCUUGCAUGUGCGAUCCGGCUUCCCAAGGGAUUUGUUGUCGGAGCUCCAUGGAAACAUGUUUGUGGAGGAGUGUGAGAAGUGUGGAAGGCAGUAUGUCAGGGAAAAAGUGAUCGGCGUGAUGGGCCUCAAGCCAACGGGACGAUACUGCGAUGUGGUGCGAUCCAGGGGGCUCAGAGCCUGCAGAGGGAAGUUCAUCAGUACUAUACUGGACUGGGAGGAUGCUCUUCCCGACAGAGAUCUGAACAAAGCAGACAAUGCAAGCAGACUAGCAGACCUGGCACUGACGCUGGGUACCUCCCUGCAGAUCAAACCCAGCGGAGACCUUCCACUCGUCACCAAACGCAAAGGCGGGAAAGUGGUCAUUGUCAACCUGCAGCCAACCAAGCAUGACAAGCAUGCACACUUGCUUAUCCACGGCUACGUAGACGAGGUCAUGAAGCAGCUCAUGGAACGUCUAGGCUUGGACAUCCCGAAGUGGGAGGGGCCAACCGUGUGCGAGAGCUCCACCGCCGCACCCGAAGGCACUGUCGACAUCAAGCCUCAGCGCGCUCUUACUGCUGAUGUGAACGUCAAAGGUGAACUCGUGAAGAAGGAACGGAAGAGAACAGCAGAAUGUCCAGAAGACACAGACGCCAUCAAAGAAGAAACGGUGUCUGUAAAGAAGGAGAGGGAAGAUCCUCCAGUGGGCGCAUGUGACAACAAAUAGCCUCAGGUACUUUCCUCACCAGCUGUCCAAAAACAUUUUACACAAGAGGCUCACCAGUUUGACUGGCUCUACAGAGGACGCAGUUUGUCGCCUCUUUUUUUUGUCUACUGGAACACUUUGACUUCUUUUUGGUGGUUGAACCUUCCUUAUUGAUUUCCACCAUUUCAGCAGCACCACUUAAACCAAGACUCCUCAGCUCAAAGCCUCACAAAAUGACACUCAAGCAAAGACUAUGAAAUAUCUUAGAUAUGCGGUCAGAUAUCUGCUACCAUGACGGUUUUAAAAAUCUAGAACGCAUGGCUAUAAAUAAAGUUUUUAAUAAGCUGCA